CCCUUCAGUCUUGCACAGGUGUACCGGGCUCCUCCCCUUCAGUCUUGCACAGGUGUACUGGGCUCCUCCCCUUCAGUCUUGCACAGGUGUACCGGCUCCUCCGCUUCAGUCUUGGUCAGUUGUACCGGCUCCUCUCCUUCAGGCUUGCACAGGUGUACCGGCUCCUCCCCUUCAGUCUUGCACAGGCUCCUCCCCUUCAGUCUUGUACAGGUGUACCAGCUCCUCCCCUUCAGUCUUGUACAGGUGUACCGGCUCCUCCCUUCAGUCUUGCACAGGUGUACCGGCUCCUCCCCUUCAGUAUUGCACAGGUGUACUGGCUCCUCCCCUUCAGUCUUGCACAGGUGUACCGGAUCCUCCCCUGGACUGAAAUGGCUUCCUCUGAUGUCACUUGCACACUGUGAGCUUCUCAUAAUGUGC